CUCAAUAUUCAAUACCAUCGAUGGGCAAGGACAAGAAGCAUACAAAUAAAGCUGCUGCAAAGGCGGCAAAAAAGCAGAAAGCAGAAGCCAAGGUUACUAAAAAAGAAAAGAAGAAGAGCAAAAAAACGACUGAUGCACCUUCAGAAGACGAAGAUUUGGAGGCCAUCCUCGACAAGUAGAUGAAGCAUGAGUGGGAAGAUGCGCACAAGGUCACGGAGGAGUUGGUUGAGGGCCCACCCUCCAGGCGCGCGAAUGCGACUCUGACCCCAUGUCCAAGCGGGAACUACUUGUGGUGCAUCGGAGGAGAAUUUUUCAGCGAUGAUGGCAAGGCCUAUUUCUACAACGACGUCUACCGCUACAACCCUGACAAGGACGAGUGGCGCAAGUUCGUCAGUCCUACAUGCCCUGGGCCACGCAGCGCACAUGCCGUGAUCGCUUCGCCUGCUGGAGGAGGAAAGCUCUUCCUAUUCGGCGGCGAAUUUAGUUCUUUGUAUCAGAAUACUUUUCAUCACUACAGGGAUUUUUGGUGCUUUGAUAUCAGCACUCAUUCGUGGGAUCGUUUGGAUACUAAGAUCAGGCCCAGUGCGAGGUCAGGACAUCGGAUGGCAAUGUGGAAGCACUACAUAGUCCUCUUUGGCGGUUUUUAUGACCCAGGGUUUCGCACCCAAUAUUUAAACGACACCUGGGUAUUUGACACUCAAGAGUACAAAUGGCGACAAAUCGAUUUUAAGGAUACUGAUCGGAAACCGUCCGCAAGAAGCGGGUUUUCAUUUCUUUCUACGCCAGACGGCCUUGUUUUACAUGGAGGUUAUUGUAAAGAAUACACCAAGGGUAAACGUCCUGUUGGCGUGAUGCUCGACGACACCUGGUUUCUCCGCAUGUCCCUCGAAACUUCCCCGUCUCCAUCCUCGUCCACAGUCUCCUCGGAUCCGCUGGUUUUAAAAUGGGAAAGGCGAAAGAAACUAUCCUUCGCGCCGCACACCCGUAGUGGUUGCACGAUGGCGCUGUGGUCAGCCAAGGGUAUGGGCAUCCUGUUUGGCGGUGUGACAGACGAUGAAAGGGAUGAAGAAAGCCUCGAGAGCGUGUUCUGGAACGAUCUCUACGGAUACCAACUCGCUGGUAAUGGGCGUUGGCAAUCGAUGACACUCAAGAAGCCGAAAAAGGCUGGGAAAGGUGGAAGGCAAAAGCCUGUAGCUAUUCAGCAGGGUGCACAUGAAGAUUCGGACGAAGAUGAUGAUGCAGUCAAGACCAAAGAGACUAAGCGCCCUGAGGAGCCCGAUGUUGAUGCUGACGACCCAAUGCUGACGGCCCCAAUACCACGGUACAACGCUAUGCUAGCUGUGCUGAGGAACACACUGUACAUCUAUGGCGGCAUCUUCGAGCGUGGGUCGCGAGAAUACACGCUCGACGAUUUCUACUCGAUCCAGCUCGACAAGCUUGAACGGUACACGUGUCUCAAGCACAGCGGCAUCGUUAUCCCAGCUGAGGGCGACGAGAGCAGUACCGACGAGGAUGACGAAGAUGCGGAGAGCGAUGAGGACGAUGACAGUGAUGACGAGAUGCGGAUAGGGAAAGAUGAUGCGGACUUCAAGCUUAAAGUGCUCAGCGAGAACCCCAUCGAUGAAGUAGACGAGCCCGUAGAUGUACGGCACCACGAGUUACAUGCGCAAGCGACAGCGUUCAUGGGUGUGUCUAAAGACACCACGCGUUCUGCGGAGGAUGUGAUUAGCACACCAGGACCAGGUGAAACGCUAGCCAUGUUUUAUGCUCGAAGUCGCGAAUAUUGGACACAGAAAGCCCACGGCGUGAGUGAGAAUCGGGGAAAACAACUCAGGAGGGAUGGCUUCAGCUUUGCAGAAGAGCGAUACGCGGAGUACAAGCCCAUCCUUGAAGAAGUGGAGAAGAUCCUAUCCGAGGCCGGCCUCGAUGAGGACGAGAUGAGAACAGGUGCUGCUCAGACUGGCGGAUGCGGAGGUAUAUUAUCAAGUCGGAACCGUCGGUGAAUAGUUGAUAUCGCAGGAUAUAUUUGACAAGGGUGUAACAAAAUUAUAACAUACCAAUCUGGUCAGCAUUAACAGGUUCAGUUUUCAUUUAUAACCCGA